AGCUGCCAGUGGCGCGCAAAACCUGCUCACAAACCUCGUUUCUACAUCGACUCUUGAGGCGCAUCUGGUGUCGAAGCGAACUUAGCACAAAAUCUUUGACCACAAAGGAAUUCUCCUUCAGUCCAAACUACAAACGGCGGCCUUUCGCGCAUCAGCUCAGUAGAUUAUUCUCUUUCCUAGUCUAGUUUUGUCCUAAAUCAACAGCAAGCAUGUUUGAGGCUCGCCUGGUCCAGGGAUCCAUCCUGAAGAAGGUUCUGGAAGCUCUGAAGGAUCACUGCUGGGAUGUGAGCUCCACCGGCAUCUCGCUGCAGAGCAUGGACUCCUCUCACGUCUCCCUGGUGCAGCUCACCCUCCGCAGCGACGGCUUCGACUCCUACCGCUGCGACAGGAACCUCGCCAUGGGAGUCAACCUCAGCAGUAUGUCCAAGAUACUGAAGUGUGCUGGAAAUGAAGACAUAAUCACCCUCAGAGCAGAAGACAAUGCAGACACACUCGCACUUGUCUUUGAGACCAUCAACCAGGAGAAAGUGUCAGACUACGAGAUGAAGUUGAUGGAUCUCGAUGUGGAGCAGUUGGGGAUUCCAGAGCAGGAAUACAGCUGUGUGGUCAAGAUGCCUUCAGGGGAGUUUGCCCGUAUCUGCCGAGACCUCUCUCAGAUCGGCGACGCCGUCAUGAUCUCCUGCGCUAAGGAUGGAGUGAAGUUCUCCGCCUCUGGAGAGCUGGGCACAGGAAACAUCAAACUCUCUCAGACCAGCAAUGUGGACAAAGAGGAGGAGGCAGUCACUAUUGAGAUGAACGAGCCUGUUGGGCUGAUUUUCGCCCUCAACUACCUGAACUUCUUCACAAAGGCCACACCGCUGUCAAAGACCGUCACCCUCAGCAUGUCAGCUGACAUCCCUCUGGUUGUGGAGUACAAGAUUGCUGACAUGGGUCACGUCAAGUACUACCUGGCGCCCAAGAUCGACGAGGAGGCUUCCUAAGAUGUGUGAAAGCCAAAUUAAGGGAAGACCGAUCCGAGAAGCAGGAGGAGACUUUGAGGCUGGCCUGAGAGCUUCAGUGGUCCGAACAUGCCCCAUUCUUAGAAUGUCAGCACUUUAAGUCUCUUUCUCUCUCACCAUGCCCUGCCUCAUUCACACCUGCAGUUUGGUUUUGUAGAUUUGUAAAUACUUUGCUCUCUCACUCUUAGCCUUACCCAAUUGUUUUUGUAUCCGAUGACUCUGUUUCAAAUAAAUGAUCAUGUUUC